AUGAAUUCAUCACAACAAUCAAAUAUUCCUGUUGUUCUUAUAACUGGUUUUGGUCCAUUUGCAUCUAUAUUUAAUAAUCCUAGUUGGGAAGUUGCUAAAGCAUUAAAAACUUCUAUUCAAUGGACUUAUCCAUUGCAUAUUAUAUCUGAAGAAAUACAAGUAGUUUACGAUGAUGUGACAAAAAAAAUACCUGAUUAUUGGAUUAAAUAUAAUCCUACAUUAGUCAUACAUAUUGGUGUUGCACAGGGAGCAAAAGGAAUUCGAAUUGAACGAUGUGCUUGUAAUACAGAUUAUUGUCAUAAAGAUAUUAAUGGUACUCUACCAGAAACUGGAAAAUGUAUUCCAGAUGAUGCACCACAAAUACUAACAACUAGCCUUCCACUUGAUGAUAUAUGUGUACGAGUUCAACGUCAAACAAAUCUAACAAUUGAAAUAUCUGAUAAUGCUGGAAGAUAUCUCUGUGAAUAUAUUUAUUAUCAAUCAUUAUUCAUUGAUUCGAAACGAACAAUAUUUAUUCAUAUACCUGGUUUAGAUGAAAAAUUUACUAUUGAAAAUGUAGCUAAAGUUAUUCAAUUGAUUAUAUAUGAAGCACUUCCUUAUGUUGAUUCAUUACCCAAAUAA